AUGAAGUUUCUAGCUGAAACGCUUGAGUACACCGGCUUCUCUCCUGAGCUGGUAUUAAAAAAAUUCUUCAGGAGAGGAGCAGCUAUUACUGUUGAUGAAACAUGGGUUAUCUAUGCAGAUGAGGAGACUGAGUCAAAAACAAUAAUGACUAUAAGUUCAACAAAUAUCAAUCAGCAUUUGACCUAUGGCAGCAAGAAGGGCAGUGCUCCUCUGGGAAGAAAUACCCCAACCAUAGCAAGACUAGCUAGUUGCUUCUCUCAUAUCGUCUGUUACUUCCUAUCUCAAGGAGUCGGCAAGACAUACAUUGAUGAAUCAGUGAUAGACAAGACAGCUGGACAACAAUUGCCAAGACUCAUGCUAUCUAACAUGUUUGUCGGGUUGGUUCCUCAGGCGGAGGACAGUGCUGAGUUAAUAGACUAUUGUAGGAUGAGGAACCUGUUGAAUUUCAGUAGGACAAGAACUGACGAAUCCUUCAAAAUCAGCAUAAAGUUUCUUGCUGAAACGCUUGAGUACACCGGCUUCUCUCCUGAGCAAGUAUUAAAAGAAUUCUUCAGGAGAGGAUCAGCUAUCACUGUUGAUGAAACAUGGGUUAUUUAUGCAGAUGAGGAGACUGAGUCAAAAACAAUAAUGACUAUAAGUUCAAAAAAUAUCAAUCAGCAUUAUUUGGUCUUGCACAUCUUUUUCCUCGUGAUGAGAGGAACAGCUGCCAAGAAAGCAUUGGAGAAGAUCCAAAAGCAAUGGGUAAAGCCAUUAAACUUCAUAUUCAAUGCGUAUAAGACCUAUAGCAGGAAGAAGGGCAGUGCUCCUCUGGGAAGAAAUACCCCAACCAUAGCAAGACUAGCUAGUUGCUUCCCUCAUAUUGUCUGUUACUUCCUGUCUCAAGGAGUCGGCAAGACAUACAUUGAUGAAUCAGUGAUAGAAAAGACAGCUGGACAACAAUUGCCAAGACUCAUGCUAACUAACAUGUUUGUCGGGUUGGUUCCUCAGGCGGGGGACAGUGCUGAGUUAAUAGACUAUUGUAAAGUCUAUCACUUCAUGUUAGACAUGAAAUUGUCAAGAAAGAACCCUAAACAGUUAAGUGGUACAGUUAGGGAUGUAGAGACUUAUACCUCCGCAGCAGUGAACUCAAGUUUUCUUAGCCAAGAAGUAGAGACAUUCUUUUUAGGUGUCUUUGGUUUAACCCAAGGUGACACAUUAUCACCACAAAUUAAAAGAAUUUGUGUUGGCUCACGCAUCUCGUGGAAUUAUGCUACCACAUCAAAGGAUCUACCUGAGUACUUUGCAAACGUAGCAAAUAUUCCAGCAAUGGACCCAAUUCAAGAAUUCAAAACUGUGGAAAACAUGGAUAACCCUGCCAAGUUGUUAGGAGAUACACUGGUCAUUCUUGUAUCCACCAUAAUGACUAGGGGUUUGUCUGCAAAAGAUGAAUGGCCUUCUGGUGCAGAGGGCAUACCUAACAUGCUAAUGGGUUCACAGACUCACGACGAUGUGAUCACCAAUAGGGAAGCCUUGAGUUUCACCCACAACGUCGCUUAG